UGAGCAGCCAAUCGGGGCGACGCCUUCGUCUUGCCCGGGACUCGUGAGGUAACUUGCUCUUGGGAACCAACACCAUGGCGUCUGGCUGCAAGAUUGGGCCGUCCAUCCUCAACAGCGACCUGGCCAAUUUAGGGGCCGAGUGCCUCCGAAUGCUGGACUCUGGGGCCGAUUAUCUGCACCUGGAUGUAAUGGACGGGCAUUUUGUUCCCAACAUCACCUUUGGUCACCCUGUGGUAGAAAGCCUCCGAAAGCAGCUAGGCCAGGACCCUUUCUUUGACAUGCACAUGAUGGUGUCGAGACCGGAACAGUGGGUAAAGCCAAUGGCUGUAGCAGGAGCUAACCAAUAUACCUUUCAUCUCGAGGCUACUGAGAACCCAGGGGCUUUGAUUAAAGACAUUCGAGAGAAUGGGAUGAAGGUUGGCCUUGCCAUCAAACCAGGAACUACAGUUGAGUAUUUGGCACCAUGGGCUAAUCAGAUAGAUAUGGCCUUGGUUAUGACAGUGGAACCUGGGUUUGGAGGGCAGAAAUUCAUGGAAGAUAUGAUGCCAAAGGUUCACUGGUUGAGGACUCAGUUCCCAUCUUUGGACAUAGAGGUCGAUGGCGGAGUAGGUCCUGACACUAUCCAUAAGUGUGCAGAGGCAGGAGCUAACAUGAUUGUGUCUGGCAGUGCCAUUAUGAGGAGUGAAGACCCCAGAUCUGUGAUCAACCUGUUAAGAAAUGUUUGCUCAGAAGCUGCUCAGAAACGCUCUCUUGAUCGAUGAAAGCACAAGGAGUCCAGUGUUUCUGCUUGUGAAAUCCUUUUACUGGAAAACAAGAAUAUUGACUACCAAAUCAUAUCACAACUGAGGCAGUGCUGCUUUCUGACAAAUUACUCAUUCCAGUGACUAACAUCUGUUGUGCAGAAUGGUCCAAGAGGUUAGAAAUUUAGUGAUGGAAUUUAAAGAUUAGUGUGGUGAAAUACCAUUUUUACUGGGAGACUUGAUUUUUAUAAAGAGUAAAAAUAUAGCUGUAUUAAGUAUAAACAGAAAUGUGUCUUAAUGCCUAAGGAAGGCAUAGUAGCUACUAUGAAAAAAAUGUUUUUCUCUUUUUCUAAAAAGAGUUUUCUGUUGUUUCUUGGCUGUUUUCCAAAAGCAAAAUAAGUAUGUUUUUCCUGUUUCAUGUCAUUUUUUGUCUAUAUGCGUGAUAAUAUGAGUAGAUAGAACUUAGGGAAAAUCUAAGUUUGAAUCUGGCUGGGAUUACAUAUCAUAUUCUUCUAAAACAUUAUUUUUUACUUUGCACCUUAUGUUUGAGAUAUAAAAAUAGUGUACUUUUUAAGGUGAUCUGUUCUAAAAUACAAGCAUAGAUUUUAUUAGGAUGUUUUGUUAGCUUUGCUGCAGGGGCAGGUUAUUCUGUGAUUUCCCCACCACCACCUAAUCCUUAAUCACACCCGCGUGUUUAAGGACAAAAGAUAAUGUGCUAGCUCUGAGCAAAAAGGAAAGAAAAGCCUGUAUUUGGAAGUAAAAUUAAAUUGACUUUUCCUCUUUCCAACUAUUAGACCUUAGCAAAACAAAUCAACCAACCUCUUUGAGCUUCUAUUAACUGAUUUAUACAUUAAAUGUAAUUAUAAUAACUGUGCAGUGUUGUGUUGUGGGUUAAGAGAUACUAUUAUAUCUGUAAAGCUUCUGCUACUGUUCCUAGAACUGUAGCAUAGAAUUGAGGAUGCUCAGUACAAAGUAGCUCUCAUAAAGUUUGUUUUGUAGGUCAUCAAGUACUUUGAUAUAAUCUCAUUAAAUCUACAAAUCACUCCUGUGAUUGGGCAGACAGGUAUUUUUGUCCCCGUUUUGAGAAAUGAAGACCAGCAAAGCUCAGCAAGAGCUGCUAGCAUGGAGAGGAUCCACUAGGGCGUAGGAUUUCUGGUUUGUACCCUUUACAGAUGGAGGCCGUGGGAGGUGGAUUAGGUAAAGGAAACUUCUUUUACUUAAUAUUGUCUUAUUUCCAGUCUAACUUGACCCUGUAGCAGAACAAGAUGACUGAGGAUAUCCUGGAACCCUGGAUUUUGACCCCAAGGAUAUUUAUUUUAUUAACCCAAGAAGGAACAGGUAGGCUAAGAGAUGGCAAGGUACAUAAUCAGUCCAUAAACUAAAGAUUUAUCAUUGUGUCCCAAAUUAUACUUUGACAACAAAUAUGUGUCAGCCACUUCAUUAUUGCGAAUACUUUUGCUAUGUAAUACAUAUGGCAAGAAAUAACAGGACCAGUGUCAUUAAACUUCUUUAGACUGUAAGUUUUAAGAAAAAAAUUGAAAAGUAAGAAUAUCAAUUCCUGUGUAUGGUAUAGAGUUUUCUUGGUUUUAUUCUACAUUACAAGGUAAAAAUAGGUUUCUUAAUGUUUAUUUUACUUAGGAAAGUUUUCUGCCAUGAAUAGGUGGCGUUUAAUCAAACCAGACAACACAAGGCAUAUAGAAAUAACUUUAAUUAAAAAACUUAUGUAGAAGAUUAUAAUAUGAGACAUGACAGAAAGAUUUGAGUUUAUUUGCCUGGACAACUUUGGGUUUGUCUGGCUUUUUUCUUUUUAAAAAAAUAAAUGUACAGUAAAACUACAAGCAAAAAUCUGUCAGUAUUGAAUUUGAUUUUUUUUCUUCUUUAAAGGGACUAGCAUAAUUUCCAGUCCCUAACAAAACAGUGUCAAAUCCCCCAAGUCUAGGCCAGAUGGCCAGGAUUGUCAGUUAUAUGGGUACUACAACUUGAAUAACCUUUUUUACAUGAGAAAAAAACGAUUCACAUAAAUUGUCCUCAACUUUUACAGAGAAAAAAAAAAAUGAUGUAGUAGCUUCAAAAGGAAUUUUCCUUAAUGUACACUCCAAUAUCCAAUAUUGAAAAUAUUGGAGCAUUAUCUUUAGAAAAGUUUUAAUUCUCACUCCAGGAUACAAGAAUAGAUGCUUAUUUGAAUAGAGUAAACUAUGGUAAAGAAUGACCAAAUUAACUAGAAAUACAAUCAUAUUUUUUAUACUGACAGAACUUUCCUGUGUGUUGCUUAUUUUAAGUUAGUGUCUUUUCUUUAUGAAAUACAUGAAGUAGAUAACACUCGUUUUAAAAGAGGUGAUAGUUUUAAAAACACCAAUGUUUAACUUUGCUUGUCUUAUUCUGUUAGGAGUGCAUAGAAAAUGAUCUGUUUAGUCCAACAGAUAUCAGUGAUUUCAAAUAAAGGAAUAUGUGUUACCUGGUAUAGAAAUUUCCAUAAAUAACUUCUAUUGUUCAAAUGUUUUUAAAAAUCCCUCUUUAUAGUCAAGACUUUUAGGUAUCCAUUAUCAUUGGAAACCUGUGCUGCUUUAUUUAUAGUGCAGCUUAUAUUUCAUGGGGUAGUUCACACGUGCAUUUUUUAGUGCUACCUGCCAGUGUGCAUGUGUGUGUGUAUAUAUGUAUACUCUGUACACACUCUUGUGUACAGAAAAAAGAAGAGCUGUCAUUUGGUGCACAGGUAUGUGUGUGUGUAUAUGUAUGUAUGUGUGGGUGUAAAAAUCUUUUUAAAAUUAUUUACCCAGUAAUGUGAUUUGACAUCAAAUUGUAGCAGUUAAUUUUUUGGUGCUUAUGAUUUGCAUCAUAAACACAAAUGACUAACACUUGUCUGUAAGUGAAAAGCUAGUUAGUUCCUCCUGUGGUUCAAGAAGGAAAGAGAGACAUACCUUGCC